AUGCCUGCACAGCAAACUGGAUCAACCAACUCGGGACACCGUGUCGCCGCAGGACAUGAUGCGCGAAAUCAUCAGCCUUCGACAGGAGGUCCAACCAGGACCAUUCGACGGUACUCAUGGCACGCUUCGAGACUUUCUCACCCAACUCAAAGCCUACCACCGAUUCUAUCCGACCAAGCUCUCGGACCCAGUCGAAAAGGUACUCCACGCAGGAAAUUGUUUAUCUGGAACGGCACUCGCCUGGUUUGGACCCAUCAUGAGGACUUUCUCGACAACCAACCAGCGCGACGAGACAACGAGACAGACGAAGUCUUUGCCAGUUUCCAAGGAUUCGAAGAAGCCAUUACGAAGGUAUUCGGAACAACCGACGAGGAACGAGAGGCCGAACAGAAACUUCGAGAACUCCGACAAAGGAUCUCAGCAUCGGAUUAUGCUGCGAAGUUCCGUCAAGUCACCUCAAAGCUUGAUUGGGACGACGAACCUCUUAUGUCACGAUUCUACGACGGGCUUAAAGAAGAAGUCAAGGACGAGCUCUACAAGGAAAAUCGACCUGACAACCUCUCGGACUACAUUGCUAUGGCAGUACGAAUCGACGACAGACAGUAUGCGCGACGCCAAGAAAGAAACAAGGAAGAGGAAACUGGAACCCUUCCUAUGGGAACAACUUUAACCGACGCGCCAACUACAAGAAGAAGCGCGAAACUCCCAUUGCUUACGCCCACACAACUAACCCAGGCAAAAUGGACCUGGAUGCAACAAAGAAGGGCGAAGGAAAAUGCUUCAACUGCGGGAAAGUUGGACAUUUCUCACGAAAUUGCAAGCAACCUCGCAAGGAGAAGAAAGUUCACUGGGCCCCAGCCCCAGAAGUUGGACUGCAUGCUACGACGACAAAUGCACGGUACACCUAAGCGACAAAACGGUACCGGAUGGUUCCAAAGCCACCAAAGAAAACCCUUGCAAUGGUGCAACGAAGAGAUCCCACAACACAGAAACAAGUCAAAUUCGCAGAACCAGAAUACCCCUAUCCUGAAGGAGUCUCACAAGACUGGAUCAGGAAGAACGGCAAACGAUUCCAGGAAGACAUGCGAAAUAAGGAUCGACAACAACGACGGGCAGUCUAUAAACAACAUAACAAAGAAGAUACGGACGCAGCCCUUAUGCUCACGAAACUCGGACAACAACCCGAAGAGGAACAACGAAGUUUCGACGACACAAGCUCUGAAGAACAAGACACGCUACAAGAAACAGAAGACGAGGAUGAACUCGCACCACCACCCUCACUACUAA